AUGGAAGACGGACCCGGUGGUGCAUCAAGUGGCGCCAUCUGUCGGACCCCGGUACAAAUAGCCAACGUAAACACACCAGUAGCUAAUACGAGUCCUAUCACGAGAAUGCAGAACAUGGAAGGUCCAAGAGAAACGCUACAAAUUACCACCGUGGUAAGACACAAGAACGCAACGACAGGGGGUUUAGUUGAAGAAGGAGGAACGAGUCAGCAAAGAAAAACAACGAAAAAAAUUGAGUUAGAAGAGUUCGAAGCUUUUGAAAGCUUCAGGACUAUGAGAAGAUUGCAGAAAGAAAAACAACUCCACAAAGAAAAGGAGUAG